AUUCACAGAUUUAUUAGCUUGCACACACGGAGAGAAAUUCAUUCGGCAAAGUUCAUUCAUAAAAAUUUCAACACUCUGCUUAUCAUUCUGCACAUCUCAGCCUUCUGCUGCGAAUGGGCUCCUGAAAGAAGCUCCAAGAGUCCGGGAGGGAGGGAAGCUCUGAGCCAGGGUGGGCAGGCUGGGAGGGAAUCUGAGGAACACGGCGGGGUGGGGUGGGGGAGAAUGGAGGGAUCGGGAGUCAGUGAAACAAUACGGAGCAGCGCCUGUCGCUAGUACUCCUGGCUUGUGGCCCAGAAUGGGAUGCAAGACCAGAUCUUCCAAGAGAGGGCAGCCAUCAGAAUCAAAGAACCCAGACAGAAGGGCCUUUGACUCAUAUAUACAUUAUAUUUUUCCUCUUUAAAUGAACAAUCACUGGAACAGAUAAAGGGUUAAUAGGCCAGUCAUUGCCCCGCCCUGUGGGAGCAGGUUUGAAAGUUCCUGUGAGCAGAAGGGGAGGCUGGGGGAAGGGGGGGGGGGGUGCGUGCUACAUAUUUCUGCUAGAUUCCUGCAAGGCUAGAGAUGCAGCUGGACCGGCUGGCCAGUGUUCUACUGGGUUCUGUUCGGAAGAGUUGGCGGUGAGGGAUCCCUGUCGCUGGUAGCCUGGGUGCAGGCUUUCCCAGCAAGGAAUCCGAGGCGAGAGCACCGGGCCCCUGCCUCGGUCAGGGAGGGACUGAAAUCAGAGAUGGGGAGGCGUUUCCCCCUGGGCUGUCAUCCUUAAGCGUCCGGAGCCGAGGCUGGCAAGGGUUAGAGCAGAAUUAGAGAGGUGGCUGCUACGGUUUGCGAAUUGCACGGGGCGUUGAGGCAUUUGAUGUCCAUACCGGUUAUCUGCCAGACAACGAAGCGAUUUAUGCUACAAUAUCCUGUUUCAGCACUGCCAAGGCUAUGCGAGAACGCGGCCAGGACAGCCUGGCAGGACUCGUGCUGUAUGUAGGACUCUUUGGGCACCCCGGGAUGCUGCACAGGGCCAAGUACAGCCGCUUUCGGAACGAGUCCAUCACGUCUUUGGAUGAAGGCAGUCCUGGAGUCUCUGUCGGGAACAAGGGCUCGCCGCAGCCACCCCACCCUGGUCUGGCACCUCACCUGCCGGCUGAAGAUGCCACCUUGCCAACCCAGGAGAGCCCCACCCCACUGUGCACCUUGAUCCCCCGCAUGGCCAGUAUGAAGCUGGCCAACCCUGCCACUUUAUUGAGUCUGAAAAACUUUUGUCUGGGUACCAAAGAGGUGCCCCGGCUGAAGCUCCAAGAAAGCCAGGAUCCGGAUCCCAGUAGCCCGGCAUCCCCUGAAAGCAGUCUGAAUAAAAUCGGGUCUGCACCUGCAAGGCAGCCGGACCUGUUGGGACACAGGGUGACCUCCUUAAGCCCUGAUGCUUGCCCACUUCCUGGUCCUGGAGAACCAACCCCCAAAAGCAGGCAGGACAGACACUUUCUGCAGCCCCUGUUGGGGAUGGGCAUGAACUUCUGCGUGAGGUACAUGGGCUGUAUUGAAGUGCUGCAGUCAAUGAGGUCACUGGAUUUUGGAAUGAGAACCCAAGUUACAAGGGAAGCAAUAAGUCGCCUGUGUGAAACUGUCCCUGGGACAAAUGGAGCUGCUAAAAAGCGAAAGCCCCCAGUUAAGUUCCUAUCAACAGUUCUUGGCAAAAGUAACCUUCAGUUUUCGGGAAUGAAUAUAAAACUGACCAUCUCAACGUGCAGCCUCACACUGAUGAAUCUUGACAACCAACAGAUUAUUGCAAAUCAUCAUAUGCAAUCAAUUUCAUUUGCUUCUGGAGGGGAUCCUGAUACUACAGACUAUGUUGCCUAUGUAGCUAAAGACCCAGUUAAUCAACGAGCCUGCCACAUAUUAGAAUGCCGCAAUGGAAUGGCCCAAGAUGUCAUAAGUACUAUUGGGCAGGCUUUUGAACUCCGGUUUAAACAGUACUUGAAAAAUCCUUCUUUGAAUACUUCUUGUGAAAGUGAGGAGGUGCAUAUUGAUGGUCUUUCAGAAGAGAGAGAAGAUCAUGAAUACUACAAUGAAAUCCCAGGGAAGCAGCCACCUGCAGGUGGCAUUUCAGAUGUGCGGAUCAAAGUUCAAACUACAGAACAAAUGGCUUAUUGCCCAAUACGCUGUGAAAAGUUAUGCUAUUUACCUGGAAACUCCAAGUGCAGCAGUGUAUAUGAGAACUGUCUGGAACAAAGCAGGGCAAUAGGUAAUGCCCAGGAGAAAGGGGUGCACUGUCAGCGAGAUGCCUCGUUAAUGAAGCACACAUGUCGAGUGGAUCUUUUUGAUGACCCUUGCUACAUCAAUACGCAGGCUCUUCAAAGUACAUUCAGCUCUGCUCAGAAUCAAAACCCAUUUCAGCCACUGGGGAGCUCAUGGCACUGUGGAAAGGCACCAGAAACUGUUCAGCCGGGUGCCACAGCCCAGCCUGCCAGCUCACAUUCUUUGCCACACAUCAAGCAGCAGCUGUGGAAUGAAGACUGCUACCAUGGCAAGCUGAGCAGGAAGGCAGCUGAGAGCCUUUUGGUAAAGGAUGGGGACUUUUUGGUUCGGGAGAGUGUGACAUCCCCUGGGCAGUAUGUACUGAGUGGACUACAGGGAGGCCAGGCAAAACAUCUUCUCCUGGUGGAUCCUGAAGGCAAGGUGAGGACCAAGGAUCAUGUGUUUGAUAAUGUCGGCCACCUUAUCAGAUACCAUAUGGAUAAUAGUUUGCCAAUCAUCUCUUCUGGAAGUGAAGUAAGCCUUAAACAACCAGUGAGGAAAGAUAGUAAUCCGGGACUUUUGCAUUCCAAGAAAUGACAACACUGAAACAUCAUCACAAUGGUAUUUCAAGAAACUCCAUUUUUUGUUAGUCCACAUUAAAAAUUCAAACUUUGUUCCUAAAAAAAAAAAAAAAGCACAAACUGUGAAGUGCAUAUUUCCAAGAACAUCAUGGACAAAGUCUUUUAUAAAACAAAAAACUAACAGUAUAUCUUCAGAAAAUGAAAAUCAGAGAAGAGGAAGAGGAUUGCUUCAUUUAUAAAGAAAUUAUACAUAUGCACGGAUGUCACUUUUUAAGGUCAUAUUGCAUUGACAACAAGCUAAAAGCACAAUUAAAAUAUCACAUGCUAAAGACAACUUGAACUGCUGGGAUAGUGUAUGUGCCUUUUAACUUGAUAAUUUGGGGAAGUUUUCAUAUGGGGCAGAUAGUCCAUUUCAUAUGGACUGAUAGUUCUGGGUGUUUUCAUGUUCUAUAACUACAGAACCAUUUGCCAAAAAUGUUUUUUCUUGCUAAAAAAAGAAGCAAUUUGCUUGAUAGUUACUGACUUUAUUUCAUUUUUCUGCUUAGUAGCAUCUUUCAUGGCAAUGUUAAAAUAAAUAUGGCAUUGAAUUC